CAGCAUUUGGGCCUGUCAGCUGCCCCAAUAAACCUUCGAGCAGUGCAUGAGUGUAACUGCACCCUCCUACCCAUGUUCCCCACCCCAGCCACUGGUGUGCCUAGACACCCUGCCCCGAUGCUGGAAGUAGGGAGUCACCAUGAGGACUAGCAGCCACGGAUAGGCUUCUGCUCCAUGGGUGUGUCCAGUCCCCUUUCAGCUAUCCCUGUGGCUUGCCGGGAGUGAAUUCCGUAGUUUAACUCUGCGGUGCAAAAGCAUCCUUCCAGCAAUGUGUCCUGAAUCGCUCAUCCAUCGGCUUUGUGGGAUGCUCCCUCUGGGUUCUGGAAGUACCAGGGAGAGAGAGAAAUCCCAGGCCACACAUGAUUUCCUCUGCCUCUAUCCUGUCUCCCUUCCGCACCUUUUCUGGAAGGUGAGCAACCUCAGCUGGAGUACUCAGGGCACUUGCUGCUUCAGUUUCCCUUUUCUUAGUAUUUCAGCUCUGACCCAGGCACAGACUUCCUGUUCAGCAGGCAGCUACAUAAUGGGAGAAGCGCUGAGCACUGAGCCCUGAUCAGGGUUUACGCCACGGACAGCGUCACUUUGCAGCCUCUGUGCUCCGCUCCAGGCAUGGAUAGCAGGAACACCUUUGUUCUGAGCGAAUUCAACUUCUCCAGUGGCGAUUAUAAUGGCAGUGACUACGAUGGUAAUUAUGACUACAACGGUAGCACCUGCUGCAUAGCCCCUCCUUGCACCUCCAACCCCAUGCAGCACUUUGCACGGCAUUUCCUGCCUCCGUUCUACAUCCUGAUCUUUCUCACAGGCCUGUGGGGAAACGGCAUGGUGAUCGCCGUCUUGCUUCGAGCCAAGGAAGCCCUGCCGGGGACAGAUGUGUUCAUUUUCAACCUGGCCCUCGCAGACAUUCUCCUGGUGGUGACUCUCCCCUUCUGGGCUGCUCAGGAGGUGCACGGCUGGAUCUUUGGGGGCUUCCUGUGCAAGCUGGUGGGCAGCAUCUUCAAGAUCAACUUCUACGCCAGCAUCAUCUUCUUGAUCUGCAUCAGCAUCGAGCGGUACCUCUCCAUCGUUUUUGUCAUCCGCAUGUACAACCGGAACGUCACCUCCCAAAUCUUUUGCAUCUCCUUGAGCGUAUGGGUCCUCUGCAUUCUCCUCACACUGCCAGAUUUUAACUUCUUGACCGUGGAGUUUGAUUCUCGCCAGAACAUCACCAGCUGUUUCCUCAGCUUUCCCCCUCACUCGGCCCAAGGCUGGAAGAUUGCCCUGAGCAUCCUGAACCAGCUGGUGGUGUUUCUGCUGCCCCUGAUAACCAUGGCCUACUGCUACAUCCACAUCAUCUUCACCCUCCUGCUCUCCAAAGGCUUCCAGAAGCACAAGGCCCUCAGAGUCAUCCUGGCCGUGGUGAUCACCUUCUUCCUCUGCUGGUCGCCCUACCACUUCACCCAGAUGAUCAACACCCUCAUCGACUGCGACGUCAUUACGCGGGACUGCAAGCUGGAGGAGGAGGUGGACAUCGCGCUCAUCGUCACCACAACCCUGGGGUUCCUUCACUGCUGCCUCAACCCACUGCUCUAUGCUUUUGUCAGUGUCAAGUUUCAGCGCCGGUUCCUUGAGCUGCUUGCCUGGCUAGGCUGUGUGAGCAAGAGUUUCCUGAAGAAGCACACCAGGAGAUCGGGCUACCUCAAAGAUUCCACUUGGUCUGGAAGCACAGAAGCCUCCUAUACGGGAGUCUAGGAGGUCCUAGACUCCUAGAAGAGUACAGUUGGAAGGGGCCAUGAAGGCCAGCAGGUCCACCCCCUGCUGUUGCAGGACACCAAGUCACACCAUCCCGCUCAGAGGGCUGCCCAGUCUCUUCUUGAACGUUUCUGCUGUGGGUCCUGUGUGUGCAUCUUGGUUUGCAGCUUGCUCAUCACAAACCCUAUGAAGAAGAAUUCUGAUUUGUUUGGUUGGAAAGUCACAUCCAAAGCACUUCAAAUGUAACUCUUUUCGGAACUGAAUCUCUGCUUCUUCGGGCUCCCUAAGGAGCAGGGCAGAGCUGGUCUUCUGUUGGAGCACCAAGUGGAACCUUUGAACUGUAGACCUGCUUGUGUGUGUGUGUGUGUGUGUGUGUGUG